UGACCAGUAGGUCGAAAUAGUAUUCCAAUCUGGAAUACUGCAUACUUCCUCUUCACAGUAACUUCGGACAGACUUAAGUUUGGAUACAAUAAUUAUAAGAGUAGCUUUACUUGCAAGGCUUGCCCUAUUGCCUGGGUUACUUGCUAUAAUCACAUUUAAAGAAUGGGAAAAAUCAGCAAGAUUCUUGUGUGUGGACAUGCAGGUGUUGGUAAAACUGCCAUUAUUGAGCAACUGAUGUAUGACAAUCAUAAAGUUGGAACUCCUAUGCAUUCUACAAUAGAGGAUAUAUACACUGCAAUGAUAGAGACAGAUAGAGGGGUAAAGGAGAAAGUCAGGAUUUUUGAUACAGGAGGACUGGUGAGCGACCUAGGGCCAUCUUGGCCCUCUUGUUUUCAGGAUGGCACAAAGACGGAAAUGCCAAAACACUUUUUCACUUUUCCUGAUGGCUUUGUUCUGGUGUAUGAUGUGACAAACUGGGAGUCGUUCCAGAAACUGGACAGGCUCAAGAAGGAUAUAGAUAAAAACAGGGAUAAGAAAGAGGUCCAUAUCAUUGCUAUUGGAAACAACAAGAGUGAGAACCAGGAAGACAGACAGGUCGACUUUAACACAGCACAGACAUGGGCCACAAAGGAAAAAGUACGUUUAUGGGAAGCCAAUGUGCCAAACCGCCAGUCCCUUGUUGAACCUUUUGUCUGGUUGACAUCUAGAAUUACACAGCCACAAAGUAAAUCAGGUUUCUUGCCAGGUAGAAAAGCAAAGGGAACUAGUAGCACCACCAAUAUGGACUGAAGUUACAGUUAGAUGGAAUUUCUUUGUGAUAAGAGACUGAACUUACGUUACCAGUAGCAAAACAAUAUGAUUGUGCAUAAGGAACCAGAUUAGUUACAGAGAUAGGGAUAAACUUUGGAACUAUGUGCAAUACCAUUCUGGACUGAAGGUCGAUGUGAUUAGAGACUAAACUUAAGAGUACCAACUAUGUUGCCAAUCCGUACUGAAUAUAGGGAACUAGUCUGUAUUCAGACCCUAUGUUUUGCUUACAGAAGAUAACUCCUGAAGCUAUUUGUAUGUGUAUAAUUGUGAAAUCAAUGAGGACUGUGCUUACAGAAACAGCUUAUUUACCAAUAUGGAGAUAGAUUUUGGAAUCAGUAGAACCAGUACUAACACCAACAGUCUCUUGACUAUUACUAAUAUAUUUUUGAUUUAGGGGACCAGCAUUUCCUUCAAGUGGAAUGAAUAAGGGAACCAGUAACAUUACCAAUGUUUUUAGCUCAUCUGAUUUUUUGAAAAAAAAAGAUGAGUUAUUGUCAUCACUUGAUCGGUGUCGGCGUUGCCUGGUUAAGUUUUAUGUUUAGGUCAGCUUUUCUCCUAAACUAUCAAAGGUAUUGCUUUGAAACUUGGAACACUUGUUCACCAUCAAUAGCUGACACUGUACAGCAAGAUACAUAACUCCAUCCUGCUUUUUGCAAGAUUUAUGGCCCCUUUUGUACUUAGAAAAUAUCAGAUUUCUUGGUUAAGUUUUAUGUUUAGGUCAACUUUUCUACUAAACUAUCAAAGCUAUUGCUUUGAAACUUGCAACACUUGUUCACCAUCAUCAGCUGACCCUGUACAUCAAGAAACGUAACUCCAUCCUGCUUUUUGCAAGAAUUAUUGCCCCUUUUGGACUUAGAAAAUAUCAGAUUUCUUGGUUAAGUUUUAUGUUUCGGUCAACGUUUUCUUUUAAACUAUCAAAGCUAUUGCUUUGAAACUUGCAACACUUAUUCACCACCAUAUGCUGACCCUGUACAUCAAAAAAACAUAACUCCAUCCUGCUUUUUGCAAUAAUUAUUGCCCCUUUUGGACUUAGAAAAUCAGUUUUCUUGGUUGAGUAUUAUGUUUAAGUCAGCUUUUCUCAUAAACUAUCAAAGCUAUUGCUUUAAAACUUGCAACAGUUUUUCACCAUCAUAAGCGGAUGCUGUAUUUUAAGAAACAUAACUCUAUCCUGCUUUUUGCAAGAAUGAAGGCCCUUUUUAGACUUAGAAAAUCAUGGGUAGUACAAUAUUUCUAUUAUACAAAAAAUCAGAUGAGCGUCAGCACCCGAAAGGCGGUGCUCUUGUUUUAUUUAAGGAACCAGUUGUAUUUUAGUGAAAUUUAGGUAUCUAGUAACAGUAACAGUAUUAACUGAAUCUGGGGAACCAUCUGUGUUCUUGAAGUGCAAUGAAUUUAGGGAAACCAAAGCAGUAUCAAAACCAAUUUCGCGUCAGUUUGUAGUCCAAUCUGUGACUUCUGACCAUGACCAAAUAAUUUCGAUAAUUACAUACACAUGUCAGUAUUUUUCCAUAUUGACAUGGAAGUUCAGAUUUCAUACCAGCUGAGUGACGUCAUUUGACACCAUUUUAGUGUGCAUGAUCAUGUUACAAAGUUGAUUAACAGUAAUAUUUUCAAAUUUACUGAGGUUUAAGAACAUUAAAAAUUAUAUAAUAUAUAACAUGAGUAUGAGUGGAUGUGUAUGUAAUAAGAAGAUUAUAAGAUUUGUAUUGAGAAAUAUGCACUCAUUCUUCUGCAAUAUUUUCACCACAGUGGUCAUGCUUGUUUCUUGAUACAAAGUUAAUUUCUUAUAACUUUUGACAGGAAUGUCAUUCAAUAUUUAUGCUUCCUUUUAGCUAUGAAUUAUUGAAAUGAAUGAAAUUAAUAAUUGUUAAGUCCCUAGAGCUGCAAAUGUUUAAUAUUAUGUAUGUUUAAUUGCGUAUUACUGUUAGUUGUUUCAUUAUAUUUUUAUCAAAUAUGUAAUUGGCACAACUUGUUAGCAAAAGUGAAAUGUCUUUUUAGAAAUAUUCUCUAGCUUUAGAACAUAUGGCAUAAUUUAAUGAUAUUAUAUUACCAAAGAUUUUUUUUCUUGCUCAAGUACUCAUAUUAAUUUCUGAGCAGUUCCCACGUUGUUUUUCUCUUUAAGGUGGUUGGUCAUAUUUCGGUCAUGUAAUGGAUUUGUUCAGACUUUAAAAUCUGAUCAGAUACACUUAUUUAUGUUCACAUUGUGUGUAAUACAUGUUAGAUUUCCACUUAUGGUAUUAAAAUUUUAUUUUCAUAUCAUGGUUACCAUGAUGGAUUUGUUUACGCAUAAGUGUAAAUUUGAUAAACAUACUUUUCAAGAGGAAUGUUAUUAACAUAAGAUCAGUUUUGUUACUUUGUCAUUUUUUUCCCCAUUUAAAGCUACAUAUUUAGCUAAAAUUCAAUAGAAAUGCAAGUUUGUAAAAUUAUCAUUAUCUCCCUUUGCCUAUUGGAAAUUCAUUCAUUGAAAAAGCUACACUCAGUUUUAAUCUUGCCUUUUAUUUUAAAUUGUUCAGAUAUGCUGACAAUUAUCAAAUGCAAAUGUAAAACUAGGAAUUGUUUUGAAACUUUAAGAAAUACUCAGCUUUUUAAAUACUUCCAGAUUAAAGAAGGGUUAUUACAAAAUCUUCUAAAACAGAAUGAAAAUAGGGAUCUAACUCCUUGUAAUAGGUCUUAUAGGAAAGCGAAUUUUUUCAUAAGAUGUUACUUAAAUCUGACUGACCACCUUUAAAGUUAUGGUUUUAUUGUUGUUAGAGUUCAUGUCCUUUAAAGGUAAUCUGUGCAAUACCUUUGGUCAGGCUUCGAGGUUAUAAAACUGUGGUUUUGGAACCAGUCUGGAAAUGCAGAAUUACUCUUGGGCAGUUUAAAUACUGCUCUCAGGAAACAGCCAAUCAGAUGCCGGAGUUUUUAGACUGGUUUACAAUGAAUGUUUUAUAACCUUUGGUCUGGUUUGUUUUUAUAUCAUUAGUUAAUUGGGGACAUUAAAAAAAGUUUCAAUGCAGGGUCUGUAAAUUUUAAUUAACAAUGAAACUUAUUCAUGUUAGGUAGUUCUGCAGAUUUAAUUAUCUGAAAGUAAAGGCAUAAUGUCUUUUAUCUGGAUAGCAUAGAAUAAAACCUGCAUCUGUGAUAAAGAAAUGAAAAGCAUCCCAUGUAUGAAUAUAUAUAAUGUAAAAUUAAUUGUGAUUAACUUUUGAUGAAUAAGAGAGCCUCACAAAUGAUGUCAGCAUGUUGCUAACCUUGAUCAUUCAUGCCUAUUGAAAAUGUUACCACUUGCAUAAGAAUCAUCCCAUUAGAAAAGAUUGUCAACUCUUGUGUAUAAAUCAGAUAUCACCGUACAAAAUUUAUAUCAGGCAGUACAACUAUAUCUUAAACCUGUUUAUUUAUUACAUCAUUUGACUACAAGGGAGGAAUUCAUAUAACUUAUUAAUAAGUAAAUUAAUUAAGAUCAGUAAUUGGUUUGAAACCAGUAUGGAAAUGCAGUUCUGUCAUUGGUCAGUUUUCAUUUUUUGCUCAGGAAUGAGCAGUCAUAUGUUAGACUUUCCAGACAGAAAAGAUAGAACAAAGUACUAAAAUCUUGGUACACCGCAGUCAUAUUUUUCUCUAAGGACUCGUGCACCGCUGUUCCGAUGCAAAAGUUACUUCCUCAGCAUUGAAACGUUUUUAAUUCCUGUCGUAUAUGCAUGUACUUACUAGUUUAAUUUCUUAUUAAAAGUUUGUUUUAUAUCAUUGUUAUCUUUAGUCUUUUUAUUAGAAAAUGUCAUAUACAAGAUCUGUAGCAAUUAAAAAGAAUAAAAAUAUAUAUUUAAAGUUU